AUGGAGGUUUCGACGCCUCGGUCAAUGGCUACUCCCGCUAGUUCUACGAAGCAUUUAUCCAUAAUGUCCGGUUCUAAGAUUUUGAGAAACCCUCUCGGUGAUGAAGAGAUUUGGAAACGCCUUAAGAAAUCUGGAUUUAACGAGGAAUCGAUUAAGCAGAAAGACAAAACUGCCCUUAUUGCUUCCAUCACCAAGCUCGAAGCUAUACUAAAAGUAUUUGCAAUCGUCUCUCACUCCUCCGACCUCCGCGCCGCCCUCCUCCUCCUCUCCCACCACUGCCCCUCCGUCACUUCCUCUCGUGUCGCUGGCCUCCUCUCCAACCGCCACAAGCUCACGUGCCACCACAGCUCCGACGAAGACGAGGUUUCCGAGAGAAUCAGCAGUGGAGUCAGAGCCUUGGCCACUGCAAUUACGGAGCUGCGAGGGGAGCUGGAGCCGGACGACGCUGUUUUGGAGGAGGCGGAGUGUGCAUUGUGCGCGGUGCUAACGAACGCCGUGGAGGUGCAGGAUAAGGAAGGGCGCGCACUAGGAAUCGCGGUUUAUGGUCCGGCGUUCUCUUGGAUCAACCACAGCUGCUCCCCCAAUGCCUGCUACCGCUUCAUCCUCUCUCCUCCUCCUCCUUCUUCUUCUUCGCAGGAAUCCAAGCUUCGAAUAGCUCCAUCUUCCUUUCGCGGUUCUCCUGAUUCACAAAUAGAUAGUGGGCUUUGUACUUUCACUAAUCAUUUUCAGAAAGAAGAAGAGGAGCAAAACCAAGGCUAUGGACCGAGAUUGAUUGUGAGGAGUAUCAAGAGAAUCAAAAAGAGACAAGAGAUUACCAUAGCAUACACUGAUCUCUUGCAAUCUAAGGCAAUGCGGCAAUUGGAUCUAUGGUCCAAGUACAGGUUUAUCUGCUGUUGCAUGCGAUGUAGUGUUGUGCCCUUCACAUAUGUUGAUCAUGCAUUGCAAGAUGUGGUCAUCACAAUCUGCAAUUUUCCCAAAACAUCUCAGGAAAUUUCUGUUUCCGGUUGUGAUUUUACUAGUUCAAGCUCCAACUACAAUCUUCUCAGAGACACAGCAGAAAGAAGACUGAAUGAUUUAGUGGAUGAUAUUAUAUCUGAAUAUCUCAUGGUUGGUGAUCCUGAGCCUUGCUGUGAGAAACUUGAGAAGAUUCUUAUGCAGGGUCUGUGCGACGAGUUGGACAAUGUUGAAGAAACUCCACAUUAUAAGUUCAUGUUGCAUCCCCUGCAUUACCUCUCUCUAAAUGCAUACACAACACUGGCUUCGGCAUAUAAAGUUCGUGCCAGUGAUAUCUUGUCUACAACUUCUACAAUAGAUCAAAACCAGUUAGAAGCUUUCAACAUGAGCAGAACAAGUGCAGCAUAUUCCUUGUUACUAGCAACUACAGCACAUCAUCUCUUCAAUUCUGAAUCCUCACUGAUUGCAUCUCUUGCAAACUUUUGGACAGGUGCAGGCGAGUCUUUGUUGUAUCUUGCCAGAAGCUCGGAAUGGAGCAAGGUUUUCAAAUCAAGUCUGGUUGCUUCUUCGGUUUCCAAGGUCAAAUGUUCCAAGUGUUCAUUAAUGGAUACAUUUAGAGCCUAUAUGUGUAAUGGUAGAAUUAGGAAUGAUGAUUUUGAGAAUGCAUCAAAUGAGUUUCUUGAUUGCAUCUCACAUGAUUCAACACAGAAGGUUUGGAGUUUCCUUGUCAAUGGUUGCCGUUUUUUGAGAUCGAUCAAGGAUCCUAUGGAUUCGGGCUGGUUAGUCUCUACCAGCGAUUCCAGAGCAACGGAUCCCAGAGCUCUGGCUAAGAAAAAAUCUGAAAUAUGUGACUCACACGAAUCUGGAAAUAGUAUCCAGACCUGUGAAGAACAAACUUGCAAUGAGAAUGCAAGGGUACACAUUUUUGAGCUGGGUGUACACUGCUUAGCAUAUGGAGGAUUAUUGGCUGCUAUAUGUUAUGGUCACCAUUCCCAUUUGGCUUCAUAUGUUGAAGAGAUUCUGGAUGACGAAAACAAUCUUAUAUUAUAAAUUUAUAAUGCUUCCAUAAA